UCCUAUCUCUGUAGCUCAGAAAAAAACAAUUCUUCUUCCAAUUAAACGAAAUUAAAAAGCAAACAAAAGUGUGUAAGAAAACAAAUUGUCCAAAGUACGAAAACAAUCACACGUUCAAAGGACCAUCAUCUCUAGGGUUUUAUAAAGAACCAAGACAGCAAGAUACAUAUACCUAUAUAUACGUAUAUGUAAGUUUUGUACUGGUAGGGCAUGGAGGUCGAGGUCGCAGGUGCGAACCCUAAUGGCGGACGACUCGAGAGGGCUCAGUCGGAGACGGAUCGGGUUCGCGUGAAGAGGAAAACCUUGGAGGUAGUGCUCGAGCAAUGUCAGAGAGCUCUUGAAAUGCUCAGUGACACCGGCUGCGUCGAAGACGACGACGACGAGAGCGAUGCCGAUGCCGAUGCCGCGGAGGAGAGCGCCGAGGGUUCGUCGGGUCCGUGCCGGGACAGGGAGACCGACGAGCUGUGCGAUCUUCUUAAAUCUAGAGUUGAAUGCGCUGAUUUCUUGGAAAAACUAGAGAAUGCUCAGGUGUCGGUUCCACAAAUUGUGACUGCAGAAGAAGGUAGCUCUUGGGACAUAGUAAGUGAAAAUGAUCUGUGGGAAGGUGAAAAUAUGGAGUUGGACCAAGAAGACUAUGUUCUAGUUAGGCAAGAAGAUAUAGUGGAGGGUAUUGCAUGCUUCAUGGCUGCAUACCUGUUAUCCCUUAAGCAAACAAAGGAUUUGACCCCUAAUCAACUCCAGGACGCCUUGUGCAAGACAUUCUCUUUAAAAAAGAAAAAGGGAAAGCUUCGAAAGGCAUGGGAUGGAAGCAAAGUUAUCUAUAAUGUAGCAUCAUGGGGAGCAACAGCCAUCGGGAUUUAUCAAAACCCAGCUCUUCUUAGGGCUGCCUCAGCAGCCUUCUGGACUUCUUGUCAUGUUAUAUCAAAAAUUUUCUGAUCUGCUGUGCUGCUCGGAGAAAUUUUUGAUGCUUGGGAUUCUUCAGUGUUGUAUUUGUGCUGCCGAAGCAGCUUUUAGUGUUCCACAGUUUGUACAACAUAAAUGCCAUUCUUUUUUUGGCUGCUGUUUCAUUGAUUGCUUUAACAUGAUUUAACCCUGUAAAUAUUCUUCAGUUGAGUCAUUUCUGUGUGCAAUUACAAUUGAUUGGGAUCUUGUUAAUGUAUUAUUGGUUUGUAGGCU